AUGAGCCCUCAAGAUCUAUACCCAUCCUCAACUUCCAUAUGUGACUUUGCCUACGAGAAAGACCACCCGCUAAGGCACGGCCACCAUCCGAGCAGUGCUGAGUCGUCAGAGUUAGAAGAUAGUGACUACUGUUCGGAUAGCUCGCCAUAUAGCCAGAGAUAUGAGGAUUCUCCGCAAAGCUCACGCGUGAUAAAUCUUCGAGCGAUAGCUUUAUUCGACUUCACACCAGAGAACGAUAAUGAAAUCGAAUUGUACGAAGGACAAAGUGUAUGGAUCACAUAUCGCCAUGGGCAGGGAUGGCUAGUUGCAGAGGAUGUAGAGCUGGGGAGGAAUGGUCUUGUGCCAGAAGAGUACGUAGAGUUCGUCUUCGAAGAGCCCGAAUUCGAGGACGAUCCAAAGCCAUUUAUGCCACAAUUUCUUCGGCAGCUUGAUGAGGCUCGUGAAGAAGAAUGGGAAGACGUGGACGAAGACGAUAGCCAUACAAAGCUGCGCUCCCUCCGAAAAAGCGACGAUGUAGAGAAACUUGAAGGACAGUUUGAGAAAGCAGGUAUUAAUUAG